GAUACUACUACAAUUUUCUUCUCAGAAUCAAAACAUUAUGGCUGUCACCACCUUCACUGAGGAGAACACUUCUUCACUUCCACCCAAAAGAAUAUUCAAGGCCUCCAUUGUUGAUUCUCAUAACUUGAUCCCUAAGUUGAUGCCACAAGCUAUCAAAAGCAUUGAAGUUCAAGGUGAUGGAGGUGCUGGAAGCAUCAAGACUAUCAAUUUCCCUGACGGUGGAAACUUUAAGUGCAUAAAGUAUCGUGUUGAUGAGCUUAACGAGGAGGCAUACACAUACAAGUACACAUUGAUCGAAGGUGAUGGACUGGUAGACAACCUUGAGAAGAUAACUUAUGACGUGAAGUUUGAGCAGUCAGCAGAUGGCGGUUCCAUCUCUAAGGUGACUAGCUCUUACUAUACUGUGGGAGAUUUCAAGCUCAAGGAAGAGGAAAUUAAGGCAGGCAAAGAGAAGGUUUUGGCGAUGUUCAAAGCUGUAGAAGCAUAUCUCCUUCAGAAUCCUGAAGCUUAUGCUUAGAAGUUAGAGAGUUGCUAUGCUAUGGGAUGGUUGUUUUCUCUAUGAA